UUGACGUAUAGUACCUGACGAAGCAGGAAAUAAAAGUAAACAACGUAUAACAGGAAGACGAAAAAUGUUAUGCAGCGUUAGUCAUCCAUUCUCGUUCCGAGUUUGUGUUUUUUCUGGUGCUUUACUAAUAAUGCGUGGAGGAUUUAUCCCCGAUAAGGACAGGGACCCAGGUAGAGGCAGGCUGAGAACUGAUUUAGCUAUGUUAGCCAUCAGAUCGUCAGAGGAGGAGUCCACUGAGAUUGAGGAGAUGGACACCUCAGAGCCCAACUGGUGUUGGUUCUACUUGGCUGAGUGUGGAGUGUGGCACAUGUUUGAGAUUGAUCCCAGUGCAGCCUGCUCUGUGACCAGCGCUCAGAUCGAGCAGUGCUACAACAGAAACCAACGCGGUGUUAUGGAAUUCUACACGGCCAAGUAUACGUACAGACUUGAUUUUUCAGUUAUGCGGCAGAUCAAUGUCACAACAGGGAAGCAGCGGCCAAUCAAACGCUCCCUCCAUUCUGCAACCGGUUUCAGGUUUAUUUGUGAUAAUCUUGCCUUGCCUGUUCCCUGUCACUGGGAGAGAAUCAAUACAGACGAGCCCUAUCAGCUCAUCCAGCUGGGCAGAGACACGUAUGAGUUUAAAGAAGUAGCCAGACUGUAUGAAAGGACAAUGGACCAUCCAAUAAAAUCCAUCCAGAGGAUUCAGAACCUGGACUUAUGGGAGUUCUUCUGCAGGAAGAAAACACAGUUGCGAAAAGUCAAGCGCACAUUGGAUAUUGAGGAGCGAAUGCUGUUUCAUGGCACAGGACACAGCAACAUACAAGCUAUAUGUACUUUUAACUUUGACUGGCGGCUGACAGGAAGCCAUGGCGAUGUGUAUGGCAAAGGGAGCUAUUUCGCCCGGGACGCCAAAUAUUCCAGUAAAUUCUGUCAUACCACGGGGAAGCACAACACCACCCUGCAGAGACACGGACUUGCCCCACCAAUAUUUGCCAGCGAGCCGCCCUAUAAGACCAUGUUCCUGGCCAGAGUGCUUGUUGGGGAGUACACGGUUGGUCAUCCUAUGUACUGCAGACCGCCUUCCAAGGAUGCCAGCUUCACCAACUUUUACGACAGCUGCGUGGACGACAUGGCCAAUCCAAAGAUUUAUGUGAUUUUUGACAGCAAUCAGAUUUACCCAGAGUAUCUGAUUGAGUUCUACUGAUGCCAAACGAGAAGAUAUGUACUUUUUUAAUAUAAAGGCUGUAUCUAAAAAAAUGGAAAUAUUUAGGAUACAGGAUCAGAUGAUGAGAUGAAAUGGAAAAAGAAGUUGUGUAAGGGAUGUGCUUUUUCUUUCAGUCAGAUCCAGUGCCUGACUGGAGCAUGGGUCAUCUAAAGUGCCUUUGGGGAACUGGAAAAUCAAGAAGACAAUAAAGACUUUGUGUACAGCUUGUAUACUGUACAGUCUAUUAUAAGACAGUACAUUGUGGUUGGAAUAUUUCCGUGGCGUGAAAAAGGAAGAAAAUACUGACUGAAGAUCAGUCUGUGUGGCAAUUUUGAAUUAAGUACAGAAUCUGUGUUUGCCUGUUAAAUAUCUGUUGAUUAAAAUAAGAGUGGCACUUACAGCCUGUAGGCGACGUCCCACCAUCGGCCACAGCCCCUCCAUCACAUCCACAGUGCCACGCAUGAGCUUAGUCAUGUAGACCUAGAUCCAAACGACGGAGCCAAAAACCACAACAUGUUCCUGUGCACUCUUUAGCACCAUGUGACCUGUCAGUGCCAUCAACAUCUGUGUGUACCUAGUACAAUGUAUUAUAUAGGCAUGGAUUUUUUUCUGUUUGUUUUUAUUCAUAAAAACACUUCUACCUCUGAUUUUUUUUAAACCAUGCAUCAGUGCACUUUCCCCCCUUUCCAUGAAAGGUUUUGUAAUUGUGUCACAAUGACAUAAAAUUGUCGUGUUCACUCGUCA